CCCCGGCCCCAGACAGACACGGACGGGCCUGGCUGGAACUGCAACAGCAAGGAAAAGAAAUGGCCGCGAAUUGGCGCCGUCGACUUGUCUCUGCUCGCCAUGGCUGGCCCAGCCAAGACAGCAAAAGCCAAACCGGGAAAAAGAGGGCCAUUGCUGCAGGGGGUAUGGGGAGAAAUGGAUCUCUAACCCGAGGUUAAUUUCGCGCAACUCUGUUGCGCGUAGUCAGAAAGGGGGAGACGAACCCGUGGCGUCGGGAAGCCACAUCUCUCUGGCACGUCCUCCCGUCCAUGUCCACUCCUCCAGCCACUACCUAGGUUCUUCUUUACCCAUCCGGUUUCACGAGCUUUUCUUCUGCUCUCCCAACCCGCUCGCUUCCCAAGCCGAGAGCUCGUUGUCCCCCAUCUGCUGCGAGCGCUCGACCUUCGACGGAUCGUGCUGCUUGCUCGCCUGCCUGGGCCAAGAAGCCCCCACGACGUCACCAACGCCGCACGGCUUUCUGCUUGUUGACAUCGCGGCCGACUUUCUCCGGUAGCAAAUACCCGACGGGCCAAAACGAGCCCAGCAGCACCUCCAUCGCCGGCCCCAGCAGCCACCGGAAGAGACAGCAUGGACGAGAAGCGCGCCGCGAAAAAGGUCUCGCCGACCGAGGCCCAGCAACUCAUUGAUCAGGGCCACCUCAUCGUGAUCCACGAAGGUCAAGCCCUAAAGCUCGACAAAUGGAUUGACAAACACCCAGGUGGUCGCCUGGCCAUCAUGCACAUGGUCGGUCGCGAUGCCAGCGACGAAAUCAACAUUUACCAUACGGACAAGACGCUCAAGACUAUGAAGGCCUUCUCCAUUGGUUCUGUCGACCUGCCCUGGCUCAACUUGAUCCCGCCCAUCCAGAUAGAGUCCAAAACCUACAUCGAAGAGGUCAAGGCUGGGUUAGCUGGAGGCAAGAAUGCGGCCGAUCCGAGCCCCUGCAAGCUCCGCUCCGGCAAGGGCAAGCCCGAGCCCUCGGCGUCGGGCAUCAUCGGCGAAUACAUGUCGAGGGAGGAAUUCACGGUUGCCAUGGAGGAAAAAGAGCGCCAGGAUGACAUCAACAGCAUCCCAUCGCUCGACCUCGCGACCCAGCAGGCUAUCCGUGCCGACUACAAUGCCCUCCAUGACCAGGUCAAGGCCCUGGGCCUGUACGAGUGCCCUUACAUCGAAUAUGGCAAGGAGUUGACGCGCUAUCUCACUCUCUUUGCGAUCUUUAUGUAUCUGCUCUGCACGGGCUGGUAUUUGAUCUCUGCCAUCUUUCUCGGCAUGUUUUGGCAUCAAAUCAUGUUCACUGCCCACGACGCUGGUCACCGCGGCAUCACAGGCUCUGUCACCAAGGACACCAUAAUCGGCACCUUCAUCGCCGACUUCUGCUGCGGCCUUUCCUUCGGCUGGUGGAAGAGCUCCCAUAAUGUCCACCACUUGGUCACUAACAUGCCUGAGCACGAUCCCGACUCACAGUACCUCCCGCUUUUCGCCUGGUCGCCGACUUUCUUCCGCUCUGUCCGCAGCACCUACUACCAGUUCGACUUCUUGUGGGACAAGACUUGCGAGCUGCUGGUCCCUUUCCAGAAGUUCACCUACUAUCCCAUCAUGGCCGUCGCCCGUUUCAACCUGUACUUCCUGUCCUGGGGCCACGUUGUGUUCAGCUCGCGCGCAAAGGAGUCUGGCGCCCCGUUCUGGCAUCGCCAGAUGGAAGUGAUCUUCAUGGCCUGUUACUGGUUCAUGUUCGGCUACCUCCUCGUCUGGCGCACGCUCCCCGACUGGCCCACUCGCAUCGCGUUCGUCAUGCUAUCGCACGCCAUCACCCUUCUGAUCCACGUCCAGAUCACUCUGUCCCACUGGGGCAUGUCGACUGCCGAUCUCGGCCCCACAGAGUCCUUCGUUUCGCGCCAGAUGCGCACCACCAUGGAUGUGGACUGCCCCGAGUGGCUCGACUGGCUGCACGGCGGCCUGCAGUUCCAGGCCGUGCACCAUCUGUUCCCCCGCAUGCCCCGUCACAACCUGCGCAAGGGGCAGGCUCUGCUGCGCGAGUUCUGCCUCAAGACGGGCCUGACGUAUCACAUCUACGGCUUUGUCGAGGGUAAUCAGGUGAUUCUAUCCCGCCUGGACGAGGUGGCCAAGAUGGUUGAGACUCUGGUCCGUUGCCAAUCGCAUAUGAUUGACGAGUUUACGAAGGCAUGAUUUGUAUGUCGAGGCUUCGCCAUCUGCUGCUAUAUAGAUUAAUCACGUUUUUAAUACAGCCAUAGCUUUUCCCACCCCUCCCCA